AACACAACAGCUGGUGGUCAAAUGCUCCAGAAAUACUCAUGGGAAUUGCCUUCGCGGGGCUGGGAUUCCUUCUCGCCCGCCAGGCCAUCGCCUUCCUCGAUCCCGACCACAAAGCGAAGGAGGAUGCCCAGAAAAAGAAGGCCGCGAUCGAGUCCCGCCUCUACUCCCUCUUCUCCAACCACGGCCGCGCCGACGAGGAUUCCUACGACGACGACGAGGCGGAAGGAGAUGGCGAGGGCGAGGGCGAGGGUGAGGAGUCGGAUUACCAUGGGAGGCUGAGGCGGCGAGACUUGUCAUUGAACUCCUAUGAGCAGACCAUUGCCUCGGAAGUGGUGGCACCCAUGGAGAUUCCCGUGACAUUCGAGGAUAUUGGUGGCUUGGAUCAAAUCAUCGAAGAACUGCGCGAAAGCGUCAUCUAUCCGCUGACCAUGCCUCAUCUGUACUCCGGCCACUCGAAACUUCUGAGUGCUCCGUCGGGCGUCUUGUUGUAUGGUCCACCUGGAUGUGGAAAGACGAUGCUGGCAAAGGCACUCGCGCGCGAAAGUGGAGCCUGCUUUAUCAAUCUGCACAUCUCCACGUUGACCGAAAAGUGGUAUGGUGAUAGCAACAAACUAGUCGCGGCCGUCUUCUCCCUCGCUCGGAAACUGCAGCCAUCCAUUGUGUUCAUUGAUGAGAUUGAUGCUGUACUCGGACAGCGACGAAGCGGAGAACAUGAGGCCAGUGGAAUGGUAAAGGCGGAGUUCAUGACACAUUGGGACGGUCUUGCGUCAUCAACAGCAGCUGGUGGAAGUCAGAGGAUAUGUAUACUCGGCGCGACGAAUCGGAUACAGGACAUUGACGAGGCCAUUCUGAGACGGCUGCCUAAGAAAUUCCCCGUCAGCUUGCCCAACGCUAUGCAACGACGACGAAUCUUCGAAUUGACUCUGCAAGACACCAAGAUCGAUCGGCGCAUAUUCUCCAACGGAUCGCCAGCUUUUGAUCUGGAUGCCCUCGUUCGCGCGAGUGCCGAGAUGAGUGGAUCGGAUAUCAAAGAGGCCUGUCGAGAUGCCGCCAUGGUGCCCAUACGGGAGUACAUAAAGGCGCAGAGAUCAAGCGGGCAGAAUAUGAAUUCGAAGAUCAAAGGAGAUGCCGUGAGAGGUCUGCAAACGGAAGAUUUCUUCGGGGGACAGGGCGUCGCUCCGCAGCCGCAAUCACAAAAAUCCGAAUAUGAGGGUGCAGAUCAUCACAGUGAUAGCACGGAAGAAGUAGAGGAGUUCGACGACUCUCAUGAGGUUGUCCGUCCAUGAGGCGAUGUUGAUACCCCUUGACAUUUAGCGGUUGAUUCUCCUUCUCAUCACUUCAGACAUACACAGCGCAAUCAAGGUAGUGCACCGGCGUAUACAAUCUCUAUGAGCGCGAAUUUCAGCCAAACCCAGUGCAAUGGCCUCCACAAUCGAUGUUUGUUUGUUCCAUGACAAGCACCUUCUUUGUGGCAAAGUGUGGCCUACCAGCACAGUCCUUCAUUGGCCCCCAAGCUCACUCUAUAUACGGACAAGCGGGACCCGAUCUCAGCAAACACGAC